AUUCCACCUGUACAAGUGCACAGAAAAUCAACCAUGAAAAUCUUAACAAUUUUCCUUUACGCUCUGGCAAUUUUGUGUGCUUCGCAAGCAAAGAUUUUCAAACGAUGUGAAGUCGUUCAUAAGUUGGAGAAACAUGGAGUGCCAGAUUGGCAAAUACCGACUUUUACUUGCCUCGCGAAGUGGGAAUCAAAAUACGACUCAGGAAAACUUGAUUACAAAACUGGAAGGCACGGAAUUUUUCAAAUCAGCGAGAAAGUGUGGUGCUCACCUGUUGAAUACCCUGGGCUGCUAUGUGAAACUACUUGUGACAAUUUUAGAGAUAAUACUAUUGGAGAUGAUAUAAAAUGCGCACUGAAAAUGUACAAGGAGAGCGAAACUGUUACCGGAAUUGGAUACGCUGCUUGGGAUUCAUACUGGCCACAUUGUGCAACUGGAGAUAAUAUGGAAUACAUUCGAAAUUGUUAUUAAAGAUGAACAUAAAAUACUAUCAAUUUUAUAUAUCAAUAAAAUACCUAAACAAG